AUGCCGAACGCUGCUGCACCGCCUGUCCAGCUGCCCCCUCCCUCCAAUCACCACCCCGAGGCUGAGAAGGAGCAGAGUCCGGGUGAUUACUCGUCCGGGGUCGAUUCAGAUAAUGAUACUGGGGCCAAUGGCUCCGGCAGCGCGCGCGCGCUGAAACGGAAAAGACCCCUCACUGUCUCCUGUGAAUCAUGCAAGCAACGGAAGGUCAAGUGCGAUCGUGUCCAGCCCAGCUGCGGCUGGUGCACGCGGAACGGCCAAUUAUGUGAGUACAAGGAACGCAAGAAGCCCGGGUUGAGGGCUGGCUACGGAAAGGAAUUGGAACAGCGGCUUGACAGGUUGGAGGAAGUCAUCCAGGCGCAAGCUCGCCUCAUUGAGAUGCAUAUCCUCCAGAACCAAUCAUCAAUGAACCAUGAUAUUCACCAUGCAGGGUCGCUCUCUUAUAGCUCUCCCUCGGAGCCUUCUGCAAUUCACGGCCCAAGUCCUCGUACUGCGCUUUAUUACCAUGAUUCCGCUCCAUCUGUGCCUUUGCCCUCUCGUCGCGCAGAUGUAUCGAUAACCAGCCCUUCUGAUACAUCAGUUAAGAAUCUUGUGCAGAACGACCUGCACACCAGAGGCUCAGUAUCGGGAAUGAGUUCGAUGCCCCCAAUUCCGAAUGCGCAGACCAAUGGUGACUACACUGGGAACGAAUCUUCAUUGAAGGUCCCGGUAAACCUAUUCGCCAACCAGGAGCAGUCUUUCGCAGAUCCAGACCUCGACCUACCUCCAUACGAUUUGCUUUACGCCUUGGUGGAUCUGUACUUUGAUCAUAUCAAUUCUUGGUGCCCAAUUCUUCAUCGACGGUCAACGCUGGAUACCUUUUUCGGCCCAUCGCCUCUAGAAGAGGCAGAUCGUAUGGUCCUCUACGCCAUUGUAGCGACAACUUUGCGAUUUUCCUCCGAUAGCAGACUCAAUGGCCAAAAUCGCAAGCGAUAUCAUGACUCUUCCAAGCAGAAGGUGCUUCUUUAUGGACUCGAAAACUCAUCCGUCAAAGCGCUUCAGGCUCUUGUGAUUCUAGCCCUUGAUCUGGUUGGCUCCUCUAAUGGACCGCCGGGGUGGAAGUUACUUGCUCUUAUUACACGUUCAGUUGUCCAAUUAGGGUUGGCCGUGGAGUCGAAAUCCUCGCUGAUCGCUCCUGUCUAUCCAUCUAUCUACACUUUGCGGGCGGUCACUCUUUCUGAGCCCGAUUCAUGGAUUGAAGAUGAAAGUAGGCGACGACUAUUUUGGAUGGUAUACCUGCUUGACCGUUAUUCCACUCUUGCGACUGCAUUUAACUUCGCCCUGGAUGACAAGGACAUUGACCGGAAGCUGCCUUGUAAAGAUGAAUUUUUUAUGAAGAAUCAGCCUGUCGAGACCCGAAGGUUUCACUAUUCUGGAGCUCGCACUGACUAUUUAAGUCAUGCUGAGAAUGUGGGGUCUUUUGGUCUUUACGUCGAGAUUCUAGGGAUUCUGUCCCGCAUUCACUUAUUUUUGAAACGGCCUGUCGAUAUCGGUUCUCUGUCCGAUGUUGAGGAAUGGCAAGCUACUUAUCGCAAACUUGACAGCGAGUUGACUUCAUGGGAAUUUAAUCUGCCAGCGGAGUAUGCAUAUGAGAAUUCGUCGCGUCUUUUUAAUGGGAACAAGCAAGGUCGAACCUUGCACAGUGACUGGGUACAGCUUCAUGCUACGUAUCAAACAGCCGUCAUUCGUCUACAUUCAUCUGCUGCUUAUCCUACCACUCGGUCACCCAUAUUCACUCCUUCUUACAGUGCUAGCCAGAGAUGUCUGCUAGCUGUCGACAACAUUCUCUCAGUGACACGGUUCGUGGUCGAACAUAACCUGCUUGACAAGCUUGGUCCGCCAUUUGCAUUCACCUUAUGGGUCUCGGCACGACUACUGCUUGUUCAUGGAUCGACUAUUGCCCACACAGUCAGUCCUGAUAUUCUCCUCUUUGUCGACACUCUUUCCCGUAUGGGUCACCAUUGGAAGGUCGCCGAGCGAUACAGCAAUAUUUUGCAGCGUGUCCUUGAUGAAUAUGGCGAAUACCAACAAUCCGCGGCCAUCGAUGGUGAACGCACUACACCAUCCACCGUCAAGAUCUUAGCCGAUAUGCGACGCUGUGCAUUCGACUUAGACUUCCUCAUUUCUCGUCAACCACGUGAAUCGCCAUCUACCAUGAGUAAUGGCGGAAAUGACAUGACUCGGCCUGCUGCAUCUGCUAUAACUCCCCGUAGCCUAGCACCAAAUGAACUCGAGUACCUCGAUGUCUUCGGUUUCUUCAAUGUACCGCGUGUACCACCAGCCCGUGCCCCAGACCCUACGGCUGCUGUCGCGACGCACUUGGACAUGCCGGACUCCGUUCAUAACCCCAUGUCCAUCCACGGCUUAACGGGAGCUGGCCCCGUCGUUGACGGUAAUUCUUCUGUCAACACGAACGAGUUCAAUAUCACCAAUUACCUGAUCCCUACUCCAGAGACAGAUUGGCUCUUUCGCCCAGCCGGGUGA